AUGGUCAAGAAAGACCCCAAGCUCCUCGUCACCUCGACAGUCGACAUCAGCAACGGCGGACACUACUACCGCCGCAUUGUGAACAACACAACUGGAAAUAUCAAAGUAAAAGAGGUCAUCGAGCCCGCCAUUGGUGUUCGCACAAUCAGCCUCACGCCCACCAAACUCGAGUACUCAGACGGACACACCAAAUUCACGACGACGGCUGGGCCUUCAGGAAACGUCACCAUCAAGGCUCCUGUUGGAAACACCACCACCAAAGCUCCCGUUGGAUACGACACCACAAUGGCCGAAGAGAAGCCCCUCCGCAUCGCCAUCGGCUGCGACGACGCCGGCAUAUCCUACAAGAAGGCCAUUCGCGCCGACCUAGAAAAGGACCCGCGCGUGGCCUCCGUAACCGACGUCGGCGUCGCCGAGAACUCGGACAAAACCGCAUACCCGCACAUCGCCGUCGAUGCCGCGCAGCUAGUCGCCUCGGGCGAUGCCGAUCGGGCUAUCCUCAUCUGCGGGACAGGUUUGGGGGUCGCCAUUAGCGCGAACAAGGUGCCGGGCAUUCGGGCCGUGACGGCGCAUGAUAGUUUCAGUGUCGAGAGGGCGGUGCUGAGUAAUGAUGCGCAGGUACUAUGUAUGGGCGAGAGAGUGAUUGGGGUGGAACUGGCACGAAGGCUGGCGAAGGAAUAUGUCGGAUAUCGGUUUGAUCCGAACAGUGCAAGCGCGAAGAAAGUGCAGGCGAUUAUGGAUCAUGAGACGAAGAACUUUGACAGGAAGUAA